AUGGCCAUCAGUCACUUGAGUCAAACCGAAGCUCAACAAGUAGACAAUGAAUUAUUCAAUGAAUAUGCUUUCUCUGUUGAUCAACUGAUGGAGUUAGCUGGUUUAAGUUGUGCAGUGGCUAUCAAUAAAGCUUAUCCACUGAAAGAAUUAUCUAAAGCUGACGGUUCUAUACUUGUUUUCUGUGGACCAGGGAAUAAUGGUGGAGAUGGUUUGGUUUGUGCUCGACACCUUAAAAUGUUUGGUUAUAAACCUUCUGUCUACUAUCCACGUACUCCAACUAAACAGUUAUACAAAAAUCUAGUUGUUCAGUGUGAAAAGAUGGAUAUUCCCUUUCUUUCAAAUUUAACCAGUGAAGCACUUAAUAUAUCUCACUCUUAUGAUUUGUUUAUCGAUGCACUUUUUGGAUUUGGUUUCAAACCCCCUGUGAGUUCAGAGUUUAGUAAUGUCCUACAGAUCAUGUCGACGACACAAGUUCCUGUUGUAUCCAUUGAUGUUCCAUCAGGAUGGAAUGUGGAAACGGGGCCAUUAUUAGGAAAUGCCAACAAUAUACAACCAGACUGUUUGAUCUCGUUGACUGCACCAAAAUUGUGUGCUCGAUUCUUCAAGGGAAGGUAUCAUUUUCUUGGUGGAAGAUUUGUACCGAAUUCCCUAGCAAACAAAUACAAGUUGAAACUACCUGCAUAUCCUGACCAUCAGCUUUGUGUACUCCUGAAUCCAACAACUAAUGACAUGAAAUAG